CAUAUCGUAAACAAUUCCGUUACUUCGUUCCAAACAAACAUUUUUUUCUAGGAAAAAUAAUCUUUAAGUUAUUCAACCAAUCUACAAUUAUGUCAGACGAUGAAAAAGUACAAGUUAACGUUGAAUAUUGUGGAACGUGCGGCCAUGUGAAACAAUUUAUGGACAUAGUUCAACAAAUUCAAGAAGCUACACCUGGCGUUGAAGUAACUGGAUUUGCGGGAAGACAAGCAUCUUUUGAAGUGCAUGUUAAUGGAGAAUUGGUUUAUUCAAAAUUGCAAACCUUAGCUUUUCCCGACUUUAAAGAAACAACGGAGAUGGUUAAAGGUGUAACUGAGGGUAAACCUAUAACUAAAAUUAUAAAACAACAGCCAAUAACUUGUGUGAUUUCUUAA